AUCUAGAUUGGGCUAAAGCAUAGAAGAACUAGGAAAGUAAAAAUCAUCAUUCUUGGGCUCAGCCCUGCCAUGCACGUUCGUACAAUCCUGUACUUCUUUACAGCGACCAAAAACUGCGGUGUCUCCUUAAAGUCUCAGAAAACAAGGGGAAUUCUGCAACUGCAAUGCAGCUGUUUUGAUUCGCAGAAUAUUGCAGGUAAAUAAGGAUGUCUAGCACGUCAGUUCCAAAGAUGAAAGCCACUUGGACGCCCACUUUGCACAAAACAUUUCUUGAUUUGUGUUUGGAAGAGACCACGAAAGGGAACAAACCAGGUACUUAUUUCACCAAGGCUGGCUGGAUGAAUAUUGUCGAAUCAUUUCACAAACAGUCUGGUAUAAGGUAUGAGAGGAAACAGAUAAAAAAUCAUUGGGAUUUCACUAGAGAGCAAUGGAGAACUUGGUGCAAGCUUGUUCAAGAUAGUAGCAUGAAGUGGGAUCCAGAGACCAACUCGUUUGGUGCAAGUGAAGAAGAUUGGGCCACCUAUUUAAAGGACAAUCCAGAUGCUGCUCCAUAUAGGUUUAAGGAGCUUGAUCACAUUGACAUAUUGAAAAUCAUCUAUAGUGCUGAAGUGGUGCAGCAUCCCAAUAGGCGUAAGAGGCGGAGUGAGAGUUCAGAUGCCUCUCUUUCACAGACAACAGAGCCAGGCAUGGAGAAACAGGAGAAGAAAAAACCUCGUGAAAGAAUUUCAAGCGAAAAGAGCACGUUGACAUCUUCACAUCACAAAGAAAAGGCUUGUUGGACUCCUGCCUUCCAUGACAUUUUUGUUGACCUUUGUCUAGAACAGAAGUUAAAUGGAAAUAAACCUGGGACACAUUUUACAAAAGAAGGCUGGAAGAACAUUGUUGAGUUGUUUAACCUAAAGGCUGGAGUAACAUAUGACAGAAUACAAAUUAAGAAUCAUUGGGAUGCCACUAAAGAACAAUGGAAAGUAUGGUGUAAGCUAGUUGGAACCGAUAACAUGAAAUGGGAUCCCAUUACCUGUAAAUUUGGUGCAACUGAGGAAGAUUGGCAGAACUAUUUACAGGCAAACCCUGAAGCUACACAAUUUAGGUUUAAGGAACUGCAGCAUGCCGAUAAAUUGGAAAUGAUCUUUGAUAGAUCAGUGAAUACUGGUGAAUCAGAUACUCCAACCCAGCACAGAAGACUAAAUGAUAAUUCUCCAUCAUCACUUUGGCUUGUAGAUGGCCAGGGCACAAUACAGCUGACGGUGAACAUGGAAAACCACUAUGACACUCCUGAACCAAGGAGUGCUGUUUUAGUCGAGAAAAGUCCUGUUGAACUUCAGCGCAUGAAUUUCAAGCCUAGUUAUAGCAUUGGGGAAUGCAUUGAGUGUCUAGAUGGAAUGGAGGAGGUACAACAAGGAAGUGACCUGUAUUUAUUUGCACUAGAUCUAUUCCUUGAGAAGAAAUACCGGGAAAUUUUCCUUCAAUUGAAGAAUCCUAGUGUAAGAAUAGCAUGGUUGCAGCGGCUGCAGGCUUUUGCUCCACCUUUACAUUAGGAAUUUAGGAUCCAUCUGAAUUUCCCUCCACUUAUCCUUCUGAUACAAACAUUAAUUUUUUUUAUUUUUUUUAUUAUUUUUACAAUUAAACAUAAAUAUCUAUAUGCUUUUUUUGAAUCUUGGGUGAUAUGCUCAAUGAAGUUUAUCAAUUAUU